AUGACAAUUUCUUCUGCUGGAAUACUCCUUCAUGAACUCAUACUGGAAAUUCUGUCAUGGCUUCCUGUGACGAGUCUCAUGCGAUUCAGGUGCGUUUCAAAGACAUGGAAAUUUCUUAUAUCCGAUCCUUACUUGGUGAAAUUGCACCUUGAAAGGUCUUUCAGAAACCCACAAAUCCUUUUACUGACGACACAGAAAUUCAAGAGUCAAUGUUUCUCUGCUCGUUUAUGCUCUCUACCUUGUUUAAUCCAAAAGCCUGCACCCUCUUCUUGUGGUCGUAUCUUGCGAUGCCCCAAACCCUAUAAAUAUUUAUUGGGUUCUUGCAAUGGUUUGCUUUCUCUACAUCACUCUCUUUCCACAAAGGAGUAUGAAGAGCACUGGGUCUGCUUUUGGAACCCUGCCACCAAAAUUUGCUCCAGACCUUCACCAAGAUUGCGUCUCAAUUUCGACACUGAUGUUCACCAUGAUAUGAAUUUUGGAUUUGGGUACGAUGAUAGGAGGGACAGUUACAAGGUGGUAGCAAUGGUUGUGAAAUUUCGUACACGUCAAACGAGUGUGUGGGUUUACUCCAUGAGUGACGUAUGUUGGAGACGUUCUUCAAUGACCCAUGCGACUUUUUUCACUCUUGACAGUAAUGGAUACUCUCUGAAUGGCACUGUUAACUGGAUAGGAGUUUCUUUGGGAGAAUCGAGAACUAAGAAGCUACAAAUUUUGUCGUAUGAUCUAAAUAACGAUACAAUCAGAUGUUUAUCGGUGCCUGAAUUCGUCCCCAUAGAUUCUGGUGUUCCUUCUAUGGGAGUUUUAAAUGGUUGUCUUUGUGUUUCUUUAGAAAAAGGGAGGACAGUCUUUGUUGUAUUGGCAUUGAAGGACGUUCGAGACGAAAGAUCUUGGAGUCGGUUGGUGAGUAUAAGUUAUGAAACUCUGAAUAUCUCUCCUUAUUACUAUAAGGUGCGGAUUUUGUGCAUGUGGGGUGAUCUUCUGUUUCUCGCAUAUUCAAAUGGGAGUGCUUACAAUAUCAUUAUCUUUAAUUUGAAUGAGAAUAAAGUAGAACGUACUCAAACUUACUACAGGAAGUUUCUCUGUUACAUCUUCUCGUGUCACUAUGUUCCAAGCUUGAUUUUGCCUAUUUGA